AUGGUUUGUACCCUAAUAGCUGCGAUUAGGACAUUGUUGCCGAACCUCAAUGGGCCCACCGACUCAGUUAGAAAACUCUAUUGCGGAGUGUGGGAGUUGGUGGUGCUUUAUGCUACACCGAUCUUGAGUGGACAUGGAACAUUCAAUGAAUAUAGGAGAACGAUUAGGAAAGAGACACACUCAAGGUGCUGGGAUUGUGUUGCCGAAGGUGAUGAUGCAGAGCAUACGUUGUUAAGUUGCCCUAGAUGGAUCAAUGAAAGGACAUUGUUGGAAAAUUACGUAGGCGAAAUACUGACAAUCAACAACGUAAUCGACCUGGUUGUCAGUAGCGAGGAGAACUGGAUCUUGAGUGGACAUGGAACAUUCAAUGAAUAUAGGAGAACGAUUAGGAAAGAGACACACUCAAGGUGCUGGGAUUGUGUUGCCGAAGGUGAUGAUGCAGAGCAUACGUUGUUAAGUUGCCCUAGAUGGAUCAAUGAAAGGACAUUGUUGGAAAAUUACGUAGGCGAAAUACUGACAAUCAACAACGUAAUCGACCUGGUUGUCAGUAGCGAGGAGAACUGGGUUAGAUUCCAAGGGAUUUGCCGAAAGAUAAUGAUAGCUAGACAAGAUCAGGAGAGGAACAUGAAGAAAAGAAAGAGAAGAUAG